CAUGUGCUUGUGAUCGUCACUCGGUUCCAGAACCAGGAAAUGCAGAUUGUUCUGCUUUCAUGUGUGUUUCCUAAUUAAUUCUACCAGUGCUGGGCUGGGGAAAAAAAGAUGACUAGAGUGGCCGGCUGUGUUAUAGGAGAACAUUGACAGCAACACUAAACAAUACAAGGCAGGAUUGCGUCAACAUGGCUGGAGAAACAUUGAGCAGUAAUAACUCUCAGCCCCCCACCUUGACCCCCGCAGUGCCCCCCUAUGUGACGCUGGGCCUGACCACUGUCUACACAGUGUUCUAUCUGCUGCUGUUUGUGUUCGUCUAUGUUCAGCUAUGGCUGGUCCUGCGGUACAAGCACAAGAGGUUCAGCUACCAGACCGUGUUCCUGUUUUUGUGUCUGCUCUGGGCGUCCCUCAGAGCUGUCCUCUUCUCUUUCUACUUCAGGAACUUUGUGGAGGCCAACACACUGGGGGCCUUCAACUUCUGGCUGCUCUACUGCUUCCCUGUGUGCCUCCAGUUCUUCACCCUGACACUAAUGAAUCUCUACUUUGCCACGGUUAUUUUUAAAGCCAAAUCCAAAUAUGCUCCAGAGCUCAUCAAAUACAGGCUGCCAUUGUAUUUAAUCUUUCUGGUUGCUAGCAUCGUGUUCUUGGUGGUGAACCUUACGUGUGCAAUACUGGUGAAGAAGGCAUACGCUGACACUAAAGUCAUUGUUUCGAUUAGGGUUGCUAUUAAUGACAGUCUCUUUGUGCUGUGUGCAAUAUCCCUUUCAAUAUGUCUUUACAAGAUAUCGAAAAUGUCACUGGCAGGAGUUUACUUGGAAUCCAAGGGAUCAUCUGUGUGUCAGGUUACCUGUAUUGGUGUGACAGUAAUACUGUUGUAUACAUCCAGAGCCUGCUACAACUUUGUCGUCUUGUCAUUGUCAGAAGACUCUCGGUACAGUUCAUUUGAUUAUGACUGGUAUAAUGUAUCUGACCAGGCAAAUUUGAAAUGCAAGCUUGGAGAUACUGGCUAUAUUGUCUUUGGCAUAAUUCUCUUUGUGUGGGAGCUUUUCCCAACAAGUUUGGUGGUAUAUUACUUUCGGGUUCGCAAGUCUGCACAGGACAUGACUAAUGCAGGACUGCUCUCGAGCCACAGUUUUAGUCACAGAUCCUAUUUUUUUGACAACCCUCGACGCUAUGAUAGUGAUGAUGACCUGGCCUGGAACAUUGCACCUCAAACUGUUCAAGCCAACUUUGGACCAGAUUAUUUUGACUGGGGAAAUCGUGGCAGUUUUGGUUCAAACUCUGGUUCAUUUCAAAGAGAAUCUAACGUGGUUACAGAUAAUUUAAACCAAUCCUAGAUUUACAUUUUUUUUGAAGAUGACAACUGCAGUAAGUUUGGAAGUAAAUUACUUAUUUGGCUAACCCAAAUAAGUUGGAUAACACAUCCUCUAACAAAAGGGGAAUACUAUUUUUAUAGCGUUGGGACCAUCCAACUUGCAUAUAUACAAGCAUUAGUUCUCUUCAAUAUUUCUGCAUGGACUUUGGAAAUUCCUAUUUAGGUCAGUGGAACAAUGAAAGACAAUGAUUCGAGUUAUCAAUGGAAUGAAAACCCACAGAAGUGUUACUAAUGUAUUGAUUUACAAGAACUAUUGGUGUAAAUAGUUAAAGAAGACUUUGUACAACUGUUUUUCUAAAUGGGUUGAACUGGGUGGUGUAUACCAAACUUUAUUCACAAGUAAGAAUGCAUUGGGAUUUUUACAAAUGUUUGUAAUUUAAUAGAUUAUGAACAUGCACUGCUGUAUUUGAUUUUAGUUAAAAUAUCUAGGGUAGGCUCUAAUGCUAAUGUAACAAUAAACCAGAGCGUUUUUUUUU